CAAAUUCUAGCCUAUACCUUAACCAGCUUUAUGAUACUUGCUAAGUUAUAAUGGCAGGGACAUCGCGGCAUGACCGGGAGAUGGCGAUAAAUGCCAAAAAGCAGUUGUCAGAUUGUUCGGAUCUGGUGGAGCGACUUCGGCUGCAGUGUUUGUCCCGAGGAUCAGCUGGUAUUAAAGGCCUAAGCAGAUCCUUUCGGAUCAUGGAUGAUGACAAUAGCCGCACAUUGUGCUUCAAAGAGUUUAUGAAGGGUCUGAAUGACUAUGGUGUGCUUAUGGAGAAAGAGGAGGCCUUGGCGCUUUUUCAGAUUUUUGACAGGGAUGGCAGUGGACAAAUCGACUUCGAUGAGUUUCUCAUCACACUUAGGCCACCCAUGUCAAAUGCGAGGAAGGAGGUGAUAUUGCAGGCAUUUAAAAAGCUUGAUAAGACUGGUGACGGUGUUAUCACCAUUGAAGAUCUGAGAGGAGUGUAUAAUGUCAAACAUCACCCAAAAUAUCAGAAUGGGGAAUGGACUGAGGAGCAAAUCUUUCGUAAAUUCUUGGAUAGCUUUGACUCUCCUGAUGACAAGGAUGGACAGGUAACAAAAGAAGAAUUUAUCAACUACUACAGUGGUGUCAGUGCAUCCAUCGACAGUGAUGUGUAUUUUAUUCUGAUGAUGAAGACGUCAUGGAAGCUAUGAGUCUUACUAAAUGUUUAAACGUUUUUAAGAUAUUAAUUAUUUAGAAUUACUAUUUAAUAUUUGUGAAUCAUGCAGAUUAUGAUUUAAAGUUCUUAAAUUUUGUCCUACCUUCCUUACUCCUAUGUUAAAAAAGAUCUAUUAGUGUUUUCAUAUAGGUAAGUGCUUGUUUGAUAUUAGCUUUAUCAGAAAAUCACCACAGACUAUAUUUUUGAGAUGUUUCCCUAUAUUUAGAAUAGAAUGGAAAACACUGAUUUGAAACACACUUACAGUGGAAGUCUAAAUGAAGUUGUUGAAUUCCGUCAGUCUUUUCAAAUACUUGUAUAUGUAAUAGAAAUUCUAAACUAUAAUCAUUGCACUGUAACAAAAAAUGUCUUAGAAUGAAAAGAUGACACAAUAUCUUACCAAAGUUGUUCUGAUGUUAUUUCAUCUGAUUUCAUCUUAUUUUAACUAUGAAACAGUGGAACAACAGAAUACACAGCGAUUCUGGUUAUUAAAUCUUUUCUUAGAGUUUUGUAGUAUACAUUAACAAUCAGGCAGAUUUUAAACGGUAGGCAGUAGACUAGCACUAUUUUACACACACCUUUGAAGAAAUCAUGAAAAUGUAAUGAAAUAAUUAAUGAAAGGGCUCUUUCCAUAAAUGAAAUGGAAGUCUGUCGGCAAAGUAUGUGUUAACUGACCAUUAAGAUAGAAAUGCUGAAAUGUUAAUAUUC